UUUCUCAUGGCUGACCGUCCUAUGCCGCGCACCCAUAGUGCGCAGGCAAGUACACUAGUAGCCUCGAGGCCCUCCGGUCAGCCCCUAAAAACACAACCCUCGGGCGGAGUACAGCAGCGGCAGGGCGAUGUGGCGUAUAUGUCAGAGCUGCUGUCAUACAGCCUUGAGCGCUUACGAAAGGAGCCGGAGGUGCUGAAGGCUGAGAAGGAGCAGCUGGAGCGCAACCUGCAGACCACCGCCGUGUCGCAGUACACCGCCUUCCUGGACGCAGCCAACUGCCUGACCAGCAUCAGCGAUGAGCUGCGGGCGGUGUGUGAGAACCUGGAUGCGCUGCUGCAGGCCACCCCCGAGCUGGCUGCCGCGUGCGAGUCCUUCUCCUCCAACGCGGCUGCCGUACAGGAGCAGCACGCGCAGAACAAGCAGCUGGCGAUCCACCAGUCCAGCCUGCUGGAGCUGCUGGAGGUGCCGCAGCUGAUGGACACGUGUGUGCGCAACGGGGUGUACGACGAGGCGCUGGACCUGCAGGCGUUCGUGGGGCGGCUGGGGCUGCUGCACCCGGAGGUGCCGCUGGUCAAGAUGCUGGGCAAGCAGGUAUCCGCGGUGGGGUCCGCCAUGCUGCAGCAGCUGCUGGGCCGCCUGCGCACCAACAUCCAGCUGCCCGAGUGCCUGCGCGUCAUGGGCUACCUGCGCCGCAUCGGCGCCUUCUCCGAGCCGCAGCUGCGCCUGCAGUUCCUCACCUGCCGCGACGCCUGGCUGGCGGGGCUGCUGGCCGAGCUGGAUGAGGGCGGCGACAGCUACGAGUACGUGAAGCGGCUCACGGACGUGCACCGGCUGCACCUGUUUGAUGCGGUCAUGCAGUACCGCGCGGUGUUCUUUGACAGCGCGCCGGGGGCGGCGGCCACGGACGCCUCCGCUGCGGGUUGUUCCGCGGCCCACCUGCGCGAGACGUGCAUGCUUCACUCGUGGGUGCAGCACCGGCUGGGGCUGUACCUGGAGCAGCUGCGGCGGCACCUGCCGGCGGUGGGCGAGGGGGGCAACCUGGCGUCGGUCAUCGAGCACUGCAUGUACUGCGGCUCCUCCCUGAGCCGUGUGGGCCUGGACUUCCAGGCGCUGCUGCUGCCGCUGUUCGAGUCGUGCGCGCUGCAGCUGUUCGGCGAGCAGCUGUCCGCCGCGGUGGACGCCUUCAACACGCGGCUGGAGGGACACAAGUGGGUGGCCAUGCCGGCGCCGGUGCUGGCACGGGGGCGGGCGGACAGGCAGCAGGCGCAGCAGGCAGCAGGCUCCUCAGGGCCGGGCCAGCCAGACCAGGAGGGCGCCGCGGGGGAGGCCAACGGAGCUGCUGCCGCCCCCAUCCCCGCUGCCCCCACCCCCCCAGCUGAGGAGGAGGACAGCGGCCCCCCUUACGUCAUCAUGGAGCACCUGCCGCUGGCGGUGUACGUGAACGGGGUGCUGGCGGCGCUGAACGAGAUACGGCACUGCGCGCUGCUGUCCGUCAGCAAGCCGCUGGCGGGGCUGCUUCAAGCGGCUCUGGAGCAGGCGGCCGGCAGCCUGGUGCACUACCGCCACACGCACGCCCUGGCCGCAGCCAGCGAGCUGCCGCUGUUCAAGGCCGCCUCGCGCUGCAUGCUGGAUGUCGUACUGCCGUACCUGGUGGCCGCCUUUGCGCGCGUCUUCCCCGCCAGUGCCGCCAAGGUGGACAGCGCGGGGGCAGCGGGGCUGCUGAGGCAGCUGCUGGCGGAAAUGUGAUGAGGAUGGGGAUGAUGAGGGCAGGGGUGGCUUCUCUUAAAGUGGUGUAAAGUUAACCGGCAGCCUGUUAUAUAUAUUGUGGGCUGGCUUGGGGGCUUGAGCUUGUAGGCUGAGGCGUUGGUUUGUGUGGCCCUUUGGCAUUAGGGAUUCUUUCGCUGGGUUACGUUUGUGCAACGCGUGCGGCCCAGAGGGCAGCAAGGCUUAGCUUUUGCUCGGCUGGUAUUUAGGGCCCCCAGGUUAUCCCUCCCUGGCGGUUGAACGGUGUGUGUCCCGGCAGGCGGUUGCUGCGGCUGGGGCACCUGCAUUUGGGACCCACUGCGGUGCGAAGAAAUGGGUGGAGCACAUACGCGGCCUUCAGGACCCCAUGCGUGUUUGCUGGGCAGUUGUGCGGGACUUUCAGUCUGUUGAGUCAACGGCGUAGUCUGCAAGUACAAACGCAAGCUGUUCGGCAAUCACCAUUCGCUGCGCGUCUAAGAGUGCCACCUGACCCACCAAAUGUAUCAGGCUGAGCCAACCCCAUGUAAUAGACUUGGUGUAGUGGAGACCGUGCAUGGGGUUCCAGGUUCCGCCCAUCUUUUGCCAGAUGCCCAUUUUUUCGUACCAACCGACCAUUGAC